AUGACACCCCCUCACCCCAUGCACAUCGAUAUCCCCCCCAACCCGCCCUCCCGCGCCCCCGGAGACCUCCCCGAAUCCCUAGAAGCUCGGAUCCUAGGCGAGUCCGACAUGCCCAUCGAUCUAGACGGGAACCACGAUCACGAUCACGCCGAAGCAGUGGACCUGGAACCUACUACGCCGUCAGCGGCUAGACCGCCGCCUGCAAAAGGGAUUCUCAAGAAUGGGUUGAGGCGACCGAGCCAGAUUGGGGAAGGGGAUCAGCCGGCGACGGAGGCGGAGAGGGUGCAGUGGGAUGAGAAGAAUUUGGUGGAUACAGAGGCGGAGAAGAAUAGUACUAUGAAGAUUACUGAGCCCAAGACGCCGUAUGUCUGGGGGAAUGGCGAGAGGGAUGAUGCAAUGUCUGACGUCCCCGACUUCGACCUUCAACAAUCUCCCGGCCGAUCCUCAGACCGCCGCCCCUCCCUCGCCUCGACCCGCUCGAGCUCAUCCUCCCGCUCCGCCUCCUUCUCCCUCCCCACCAAGUCCGGCCCCGUCCGUCCCGGCGGCGGCUCCUUCUCCUCUUCACGCUCUCGGACCCCUUCCGACCCUGCUCCCGCACAAGCACAAGCCCACCUCAUCGCCCCCAACCCCGGCGGCGAGACCUCAGACGGUAAGACCGCCGCUCUCCCCUCCGGACAUGGUACGGAAGUUACCGGAAUGGCCCUCGGCGCGACGUCGGCGAAUACAGCUGCGAAUGCGCAGCGACCUGCACAGCAUGGGGAGGAGGCUGGAGGGGAUGUGUUCUCUGAUUCAGAUGAGGAGAUGACGGAGGAGCAGAAGGCGGAGAGGGAGCAGUUCAAGGAGAAGCGCAAAGAACAUUAUGCGAUGGAGGCGAAAUUGGCGUUGAAGCGGGCGAGGGAGUUGAUGGAUCAGGAUGAGGCGGCGGAGGGGGUGGAAGAUGAGGAAGAAGGUGAUGGGGGGAUGGAGGUUGAUGAAGUAGAUGGGGGGUUCUUAAAUGGGCAGGGGAAGUAG